AUGCUGGGUAGGCUAUAGAAUCCUUGCUGCUUCCGGAGAACUCGUUCCCUUUCAGAGUAUUUCAUAACAAGUCUCAUUGUCUACUUCGGAACCUUGAUCCUGUUCGCACUGCCCGUAUGUUGCAAGAGAAACAACAAGAACAAAAAGAAGAAGAAGAACUCGAAGAGCAAGUCGAAGAGCAAGUCGAAGAACCAUCGGAAGCGGACGAAGACGUUGACGACUGGCUCUGCUAUGACGCCGACGACGCAGACUCCGUUGACUCCGGUCACUUCGGUGCCUCCGAUGGUGACGUUGCCGCCGAAGGAAGGACUGGAGGAAGCGGGCAACAAAGCGAAUCCGCCGUCGAAUAAAUCGAAGGAAUUGGCGGAGAAGGACGACGACAAAAAGAGCAAAGUGAGUGGGGGAACGGAUAAAAAAAUGGGAGAGAAAGUGGGAUUUGCAGAAGAGCGACAAGGAAAUCGAGAAGGAGGAUCUCGGGGAACUUCUCCGUUGCCGCGACUACACUCCGGAGAAUUUGAACGAACUGAAGCACCUCUUCGAUUUGUUGGACUGA